GACAGAAGCCUUGAGCUGUUUGUGCGCUUAUAUCGCGUGCUGCUGUUUUUUACCAGUGGAAAUCAUUUCAUUGUUGCGCGAGCGCGGAUCGAGCUGUUCUCUCCUCGCCGACACACACACACACACACACACCGAGCCUCCAGCAUGCUCGUGCGUCUGCUGUGAACAUUCACGCUUUAAUGCUAUGAAAGCUCCGUCCUGACAGCAUUUGUUCACUCGGUGCAGAAAUGCAGGAGCGAGUGAAGCGCCAUGGAGCGGCGGUGCUGCUGACGCUGUGCGCGGUGCUCGAGUGCAUAGAAGCAAAGAAGUACUGCUGGUAUUUUGAAGGAGGAUACCCCAUCUAUUUCAUAUGUCGCUCGUAUGAGGACUGCUGUGGGACUCGCUGCUGCGUCCGAGCGCUUUCCAUCCAGAGACUCUGGUAUUUCUGGCUGCUGCUGAUGAUGGGCGUGCUCUUCUGCUGCGGCGCGGGCUUCUUCAUUCGCCGGCGCAUGUAUCCGUCAGCGCUCAGCGAGGAGCCCGCCUUCAACGUGUCCUUCACCAGACAACCGGUCAGCUCGCCAGUCUCCCAGCAGCUGGCCAUGCAAGGCUACGGUGACCCCUGCGGCGCCAUGACGACGACCCUGACCCCUGCCUACCCGGGUCAGACGACCCCAGCACACAUGAUGAGCUCGUACCCGCCGCCGCCCUCCUACUGCAACCAUCCACCGCCUUCCUACGAACAGGUCUUCAGGAACGCCGAGAAGAAGAGCCACAGCGAAUCCUCACAAUGAGACGCCGCUGAUGCUCUCGGGAAACUCUGCUUUUAUUUGCGUUUUCAGGAUGCUCUUUCUUGCCCGUUCCCAGUUUGUUUUAUUGCUUUAUCGGCGCGCUACGGAGGGGCAACAAAGAGAACAAAGGUCCUAAUGGGAUUUGAAACAGACUUCUCUACCUGACAGAGCUUUGAAGAAGCUGUCGGGAUGCGAAGCGCAGGAGAUACUGACAGGCUCGACUCUCUUUCUUUGAAAAGCGUGUCUUGAGGGGCUGGAGUGGACCAGCCCCUCCAGCGCUGACCUUCUGGAGAAACACACGACAUCCAUCCUGAAGCCGACCGCACGUCAGAAGCCAAACAGCGGGAGUUUCGUACUGUAGACUGACUCGAUGCGUUUUAUCGUAUUGCAGCCAGUGAAUAUCACGCUACCUGAGCCUCCCGAACACGUGGAAGCCCGUUUACGCCACUGAAUAAAAACUGAAAAGAUAAUUGCCACUUUUUAUCUCACAAUUCUUUUUCUUUUUAUUUUGCAAUUGCAAGUUUAAUUCUGACUUUUUUAUUUAGUAAGAAAGUUUUGUAAGAAAUUUAAGGCAACCAGCUUCAGGACAUUUUUGAGUUUUCUCAACUUUUUGUUGUAAAAACUGAAUAUAAGAAGUUUCUACAAAAACAAGUUAAGAAAACUCAAGAAUCUCCUGAAGAUUUGCCUUAAACUUUCAAGUUUUCAACUUUUGAUUUGUUGAUUUGACUUUUUUUGUCAGAAUUGGUCUUUUAUAACUCGCAAUUGCAAGUUUAUAUCUAACAACUCUGAGAAAAGAAGUCAGAAUUGGAAGUUAUAAACUCGAAAUUGUAAAAAAAAAAAAAAAAAGUUCAACUUACAAGAAAAGUAAGAGUUUCUUAAUUCAAUUCUGACUUUAUUUCUCGCGAAUGUGAGUUGAUAUGAUAAUGUGAGAAAAAGUCAGAAUUGUGAGAUAAAAAGUCAUAGUUACUUUUUUUAUUAUUAUUAUUAUUUAUCGGCAGAAACAGGCUUCCAUACAAACAGGAAUUUGGCUGUUCUUUUGUUCCAAUCCCAGUGGUUUAAUGGGUCAAGAACCUCUUGUAUGGGUAUUAAUCUGAAAUAGAUGAUGAACUCACAUGGAGUGAGUCUAUUGAAGCCAUGUUAACUGUUCAUAGCAAGCGAAAGAGAAAUUUAUUCACAUCUUUUCUGCUUCAUUACACUCAUAGUGCCCUGUUUUUGUGGAUGGGCCGGAAAAUUGCAAAAGCUCGUUUUGGGUUAAAUGUCUGGUUUUGUUGGAGAGUUCACUCUUGUUAAUGGCCCUCUGUGAGUUUCUCCUGAAUUCAUCUGUGCAAAUUAAUUACCGGACUGCAAUUAUCAUUGAAAUGUAUGCAGAUGAACAAUAAUAAUUCACCCCCAAUGAGAAAUACUGCUGCAUUUUAGUGUUAUUUGGAGGGAGUGAUGCAUUUACUACAAAACCUGCUUGAAAAUAACGCUUGAAAAUAGUUUAAGGCCUCUUCAUUAGCAUGGAAAAGGAUCACAUGUGAAGCAAACAGCCACGUUUGCAAUACUAAAGCCUGUUUGCUUUUUAAAUAGAAUGCAGAUGGAAAAUUGUUGAGAAAUGUCCAGUUCACAUUUAAACUAAAAAUAAAUUAUCAUUUGCAGAAAAUUGAGCACAUUUAGGACUAAGGACUUUUUAUUACAAUUAAGUCCAUUUAGAGCGUUAAGAAUAUUAAGAAUAAUAUUGCUUUUUGCUGUUUUUGAGGUGAAAUAUGACCUACAAAUAGUUUUCAUAACAUUCACCAACAAACACUGUUUGAAAAACAAAUAUAUCAAAUUAGACUGAUUUGGAGACCAUUUCUAGUAAAUGUGAAUGUGAUCCUGAAGUUUUUAUUUAAAUGUACUUAAUAUUAAUUGAACAUGUGAUUAGUUUGGAACAGAGUGUGUGUGUGUGUGUGGGGGGGGGCUGACUUUAAAGUUAAAUAUUUUGCAUACUUGAUUCGUACGAUUAAUAUAUUGAAUGCUGGCUGGUUUCUAUUCUCGAUGUUGUGACUGUGAACAGAAUGUAGCUUUGGGAUGAAAAUGUUAACAAAACUCCACAGACUGGAUAUGAAAGUACAUUCAUUGCAUUAUUUACACAUUUAACUCUUGAUGAGUCCUAAUAUUGACUGAAAUAGGUUCGGGUAUAUUUCAAGUACAUUCAAAACCUGUUUUAAAAGUCUUGUUUCUGUAGUUGUGGUACAUUGUUCAUGGUUUCGUUUGAAGUUGAUCUAUGCAAAGAGAGACCGAGUCCAUCUGGAGUUUGUUCAGAUCCGUUAGUGUUUUGUUCUACUCUCCUGAACUCGUGGUUGAAGAGAUGUUCAAAUGACGGCUCUGUCAUUGACACACCAGCAACCGAUGUCAGAAAAUCAUCAACUACAAUAAUAAAGCUCCCUCUGUUUGAGACUUUG